GGGAAGGAGCAGGGAGGAAAGGGAGAGAGGGAGGAGAAAAACAAAGGACGAAAGAUUCAGACAAUAAAAGGAGCAACAAAGGAAAUUUCUCCUUUCCUGUAAUCGGUCAGCACGGCAAGAUGGGCAGCUACCCAACCGCUGUGCUUCUGUGUUGUUUCUAUGGAUUCGUCGCUGUCUGGGCCCAGGAGACAGAGCUGCCGUACUUAGAAAAUGGGGAAACAGCAACAGACUGUAGGGAGGAAAUGUAUCCAUGCACUAGGAUGUAUUCCGUCCAUCGCCCUAUAAAGAGAUGCAUCCACUCCCUCUGUCUUUACAGUCUUCCUCGAGUCUACAUCAUCAACAAAGAGAUCUGUGUGAGGACUGUGUGUCAGCAGGAGGAGAUUCUGAAGGCGGAGCUUUGCAGAGAGAAGUCUGGGUGGCCCAAACGAAUUAAGAGGUCAACCAAGAAGCGCUGUCGCCAUGGAAAAAAUAGAACAUGGGCGAACAAGGACUAAAGCAAACAGAGAGAGAGAGAGAGAGAGAGAGAGAGAGAGAGAGAGAGAGAGAGAGAGAGAGACGGUUGCAAAGAAAGACCAAGAACGAGAGAUUUUAAACAUAUAGAUAGAUAGUUUAAGUCUAAGCCUAAGCUAAAGACUAAAUGGUGAAACACCACUGGCAUUCCAAUAUAGUGCUGGAAUACUCCAGCACUUUCAAUCCAAUCUCCACGUGCUGCCCCUGCGUCGUACUUAGAAAAGAACCAAACCCCACUCAGAACUGUCUUACAGUAGAAGUCAAUGGGCAGUUGCUGAAUUCUACGCAUAAACAUUUGAAAUGUGUGACUAUAUGAUGAAAAUCAGAAACUCCAGCUGUUCCACUGUAAGAGUACAACUGCUUUCCAACAUUGGGUUAGACACUCCAUAUUACAGGUGCUUUCACUUUCCCUAAGUCUGGCUUUAGACAGUGAAACUUUAGUUGCUUGAAACUUACAUGAAAUUUUACUACACUUAAUGUAAUGCAUAAUGUAAAGCAUCCCGCAACUCACUUCAAACUUAGCCGCAAGAGUUGCAACCGUAUCAUCAACUAGGUUUGUUUCAUGAAAAUUUUGUUACAGGCAACUUACAGCAUGCAACUAGUUGCAUGAAAGUUUCACCAUGCAAACUCACAACAUGCAACUAGUUGCAUGAAAGUUUCACCGUGCAAACUCACAACAUGCAAUUAGUUGUAUGAAAGCUUCACCGUGCAAACUCACACCAUGCAACUAGUGGCAUGAAAGUUUCACCGUGCAAACUCACAACAUGCAACUAGUUGCAUGAAAGUUUCACCAUGCAAACUCACAACAUGCAAUUAGUUGUAUGAAAGCUUCACCGUGCAAACUCACACCAUGCAACUAGUGGCAUGAAAGUUUCACCGUGCAAACUUACACCAUGCAACUAGUGGCAUGAAAGUUUCACCGUGCAAACUCACAACAUGCAACUAGUGGCAUGAAAGUUUCACCGUGCAAACUCACAACAUGCAACUAGUUGCAUGAAAGUUUCACUAUGCAAACUCACAACAUGCAAUUAGUUGUAUGAAAGCUUCACCGUGCAAACUCACACCAUGCAACUAGUUGCAUGAAAGUUUAACCAUGCAAACUCACAACAUGCAAUUAGUUGUAUGAAAGCUUCACCGUGCAAACUCACACCAUGCAACUAGUGGCAUGAAAGUUUCACCGUGCAAACUCACAACAUGCAACUUGUGGCAUGAAAGCUUCACCAUGCAAACUCACAACAUGCAAUUAGUUGUAUGAAAGCUUCACCGUGCAAACUCACAACAUGCAAUUAGUUGUAUAAAAGCUUCACCGUGCAAACUCACACCAUGCAACUUGUGGCAUGAAAGCUUCACCAUGCAAACUCACACCAUGCAACUAGUGGCAUGAAAGUUUCACCGUGCAAACUCACAACAUGCAACUUGUGGCAUGAAAGCUUCACCAUGCAAACUCACAACAUGCAAUUAGUGGCAUGAAAGUUUCACCGUGCAAACUCACACCAUGCAACAAGUGGCAUGAAAGUUUCACCGUGCAAACUCACACCAUGCAACAAGUGGCAUGAAAGUUUCACCGUGCAAACUCACACCAUGCAACAAGUGGCAUGAAAGUUUCACCGUGCAAACUCACAACAUGCAAUUAGUGGCAUGAAGGUUUCACCGUGCAAACUCACACCAUGCAAUUAGUUGCAUGAAAGUUUCACUGUCUAAGACUAGUGUAGUCUUAUCUGGAGUUAAUGCUGAGAUUAUAAACUUUUCUGAACUGCUAUUCUGUCCUAACUGAAGCUGACAUGGUGACUAAAGAGAUGAGUUAAGACGUUUCUGUAACACAUCUCCUGGUUUUUAAUCUUAUUUGUCAUGCAACCCAUAGCGCAAGAGCUUUUUGGCAUAUUUGCAGUUUUAGUUUAAAACCAGUAAAGCGAAAUGCACAAUGCAAAUCAUUGUCUCUAUGGUAAUCAGGUGGAGCCUGUGAAAAACUCCGCCCACACCAUUUUAGUUGUUAUGAAAUAUCGAAUUUUUCUCUCUAGAUAACUCGUCCCCCUCUAAAAGAAACAAUUGUGCAUAUUUACAGCCAAAUUUAUAAGCCCUUAUUCUGCAAAAAUACGUAUUUCACUUUACAGACUGGGCCACUUGUCACUGACUUCUACGAUAAACGUAUUUUGUUCUUUUCUAAAUGGAAGUGCUAAGCUGAAAAACGCUGGAGUACUGAAGUGAAUUUUGGCCUUCAGUUUUCCUUUUAACCGUAAAUGAGCUGCAUUAGAGUCUCUUCAGUGGAAAAUCCAUAAUUGUACGCAUUUUAUUCAUCGCUUAGGCAUGUAGCUAAAGAUGAAUACUUAAGAUGUUUUAUGUGAGUGAGCAUUUUUUUGAGUGUUUUCGUUUCUUUUCUUAUUAUUCUACCAGCUGUGUGAAUUACCACAACCAGUACUGUUCAUAUUCUUCAUAACGAUCCUGUAUCUUCUUUCGUGAAUACGACUUGGACGGUUUACUGAACAUGUUCAUGUAUGAGGACUUAAUUCAUCUUAUAAGUAUUUCAAUACUGUGUUAUCCUUUCAUAUCAGUCAAUGUAGCAAAUAAAAAAUUUUAUUAUUA